AUGGGAUUCCUCUUGAGCCUCUCUACAAAGGAGAGAAACUGGAAGCUGUUCGAGGCGGCUUGGCAGGGGGCAGUGGGGGAGCUGAGGGCGCUGGUCGCCGCAGGGGCCGACGUGCUGGCAAAGGACGGGGGGUGUGGGUGGGAUGGGACCGCCCUACACUGUGCAGCACAGCACGGACAUGUGGAGGCGGCGAGGUUUCUCGUGGGUGCCGGUGCGGCAGUGGAUGCCAGGGACGUCGACCAGAGGACGCCUAUGCAUUUCGCUGCAGAGAACGGCCACGCAGCUGUGGUGGAGGUGUUGCUAGCGGCCUCCGCUGACCCCAAUGCCACGGAUCUCACUGGGUGGACACCGCUGCUCUGGGCGGCAGCGAGGGACCACGCAGAUGUGGCAGCUUUGCUGCUCGCAGCAGGGGCCGAGAGAGGGACCAGAAAUGUCGAUGGGCGCACAGCCCUAGAUUUCGCCAGUGAGAACAACAAUAGGAGGCUCAUGGCGAUGCUGUCUUUGAGGCAGCCAGCCUAA